AUGGCUGCCACUGUGAGGAUGGUAGGCAGCUGUGUCAGAUGUCUUAGGGCGCCUUCACAAUCACUGAAACAGCUGUGUGCUGCGAGCAAUACUUGGAAACAACAGCAGCGUAAUCAUACAAUCAUAAUGGAAAGGGUGUUUCCAAUCCCACCAGGAAAAGAUGGCGGACUUCCUCCGGAAAGUGAGAUGAAUGAACUACACAAGAUUCUCCGACACGUGGAGAUUGUGGCAUAUCCUAAAGAAAUGUCUUGCAUCCUCACUGAUUUUGUAGAAGGUUUGGGCAUUAGAGGAGAUAUUGUCAAAGUGGACCGUGAUGUCUUUCAUUUGGAGCUGUUCCCUGCUGAUUUGGCUGUGUAUGCUUCGCCAGAAAACAUCCAGGAGUUUGAGGAAGAAAGAAAGGCCAAAGGCAUUGAGAAGGCUGAAAGCAGAUUGGGAGUAUUUGCUCGAAUGACAAUGAAGGAGCUGAAUCAUAUGACCUUGGAAAUUCCCAUGAAUCCGAAGACGAGUUGGACUUUGACGAAGAAGCAUGUUCUAGUGGCCUUCAGGUUACAGGAAGUUGAGCUAGAUGAAGAUUGUAUCAUGCUCCCUGAGGAACCUGUUACUGGGUUUCAGGAUCUGACUGUGGAAGUUGUGAUCAAUAAACUGGAGACUGUGAAAAUACAAGCCAAGAUUGUACCCGUUUCUGACAAGUACGCCUUCCUGUAA